UGGAGACUGGUUUGUUCAGUAAAUAGGCGUAAUAGUGGCCAACUUGGUGAAUUUCUGGAGCCGAGAUUAAAUUUUUCGUGUAAAUUAGAUUGGAGAAUUUGGAUGGGGGCACAAUAGCACACAUUGAAAAGAAGUUGAUGAUAGCAAAUCUAUAAAGUUCCAAGUUCAGCAUUUCCCUUUAAUUAAAGAGAAAGCAAAACCACAAGUCUGUGUUUUUACCGGAAAAGAUUGACCAGUUAAUUGGAGAGGUUGCUGAUUUCAAGAAGAUGAUGUGGUCUAUAAAUACUUGCUGGAAAGAACACUGACGACUUCAAAGCAAAAUGAAGUUCUUUUUAUUGCUUUUAGUCAUUGGGCUCUGCAGGGCCCAGUAUGACCCACAUACCAAACACGGACGGACAUCUAUUGUCCAUCUGUUUGAGUGGCGCUGGGUUGACAUUGCUCGUGAGUGUGAACGAUACUUAGCUCCCAGAGGAUUUGGAGGGGUUCAGAUCUCUCCACCCAAUGAAAAUGUUAUCAUUAAUAACCCUUCAAGACCUUGGUGGGAAAGAUACCAACCCAUUAGCUACAACUUAUGUACAAGAUCUGGAAAUGAAGAAGAAUUCAGAGAUAUGGUGACCAGAUGUAACAACGUUGGUGUCCAUAUCUAUGUGGAUGCCGUAAUCAAUCAUAUGUGUGGAAAUGGUGUGACUGCAGGAAGGAGCAGUACUUGUGGAAGUUACUUCAACCCUGGAAGUAGGGAUUUUCCAGCAGUCCCAUACUCUGGUUGGGAUUUUAAUGAUGGUAAAUGUAGAACUGGAAGUGGAGACAUUGAAAACUACAAUGAUGCUUAUCAGGUCAGGGAUUGUCGACUGGUCGGUCUUCUUGACCUUGCAUUGGAGAAAGAUUAUGUGCGUACCAAGGUUGCUGACUAUCUGAACCAUCUCAUUGAUAUUGGUGUAGCAGGAUUCAGAAUUGAUGCUUCUAAGCAUAUGUGGCCUGGAGAUAUGAAGGCAAUUUUGGAUAAAUUGCAUAAUCUGAACACAAAAUGGUUCCCUGAAGGAAGUAAAGCUUUCGUUUAUCAGGAGGUGAUUGAUCUGGGUGGUGAGGCAAUUAAAAGCAGUGAAUACUUUGGAAAUGGCCGUGUGACAGAAUUCAAGUAUGGUGCGAAACUGGGCAAAGUGCUUCGCAAGUGGGAUGGAGAGAAGAUGGCUUACCUAAAGAGCUGGGGAGAAGGCUGGGGUUUCAUGCCUUCCGACAAAGCCCUUGUAUUUGUGGAUAACCAUGACAACCAGCGAGGACAUGGAGCUGGUGGAGCUUCUAUUCUUACAUUCUGGGACCCUAGGCUGUACAAAAUGGGAGUUGGAUUUAUGCUCGCUCAUCCUUAUGGAUUUACACGAGUAAUGUCAAGCUUCCGUUGGCCAAGACAUUUUGAGAACGGGAGAGACAUUAAUGAUUGGAUUGGGCCACCAAAUGUUAAUGGAGUGAUUAAAGAAGUUACUAUUAAUCCAGACACUACUUGUGGCAAUGACUGGGUGUGUGAACACCGAUGGCGUCAAAUCAGGAACAUGGUUAUGUUCCGUAAUGUAGUUGAUGGUCAACCUUUUACAAACUGGUGGGAUAAUGGCAGCAACCAAGUAGCUUUUGGAAGAGGAAACAAAGGAUUUAUUGUCUUUAACAAUGAUGACUGGCCUUUGUCUUUAACUUUGCAAACUGGUCUUCCUGCUGGCACAUAUUGUGAUGUCAUUUCUGGAGAUAAAAUCGAUGGCCAAUGCACAGGAUUUAAAAUCUAUGUUUCUGGUGAUGGCAACGCUCACUUUUCUAUUAGUAACACUGCUGAAGAUCCAUUUGUUGCAAUUCACAUUGAAUCUAAAUUGUAAAAUGUGAAUUAAAUACAUAUGCCCAGAG